CUUGGAGGGGGAUGUCAGUGAAAUUCCAUUCCUCCGUUAGAGGGAACAACAGCCUCAAUCCCUGUUACAUCUGACGUCCAUGCCAUCUUCAUUGAUUCCAUCUCCGGUACAUUACAGAAGACUCCAAACAUUUGGGUCAACCUUUCAAAGACAAUCUUACGAAACCCAGCCGACCAGUUUCCUCUUUGUUUCUAAAACUGUCAUAAGUCUUGUUUGAAGUUUCCAUUUGAAGAAGGAACCACUGACUACUCCAAAUUCACAAUCUUCCAAACUUUGAUGUGUCUGUAGAAGAUCCUCGAUGAAAAUGCAGACUUCUAGGGUUCCUCUAUUACCAAUUUUGUUUGCACUGUGCUGGAUUUUGUCGUUUGUUAUUAACGCUGACUCAGUUGCUUCUGAGAGGUACAACCAGAAUACAAGGAGCACCCAGAUUAAGGAAAAUAGUGAUGUUAGUUCAAGAAGAGAAGAAAUACAGGAUGGAUUUUCAGAAGACACUCAGAUGGAUGAGCCUAAUGCAGAAAAGAUGUCUGACAAAGACAAACCAAAGCGUAAAAAGACGCCUGAAGAGGUAUUAGCUGCCAAAGCAAAAAAGGCGGCUGAGAAGGAAGCCAAAGCCAAGAAACCCAAACCCACCAAAAAACCCAAGCCACCAAAACCAACAAAGAAACCCAAACCACCAAAGCCCACCAAGAAACCAAAGCCUCCAAAACCCACCAAAAAGACAAAGGCACCAAAGGCCACUACAACACCAAAGACCAGAGGAUCUCCACCAACCAGAAAGACGACAAUGGAGGAAGAGGAGGAGAAACUGCUGUUAGAACUGGGAUGGGACAAGUUGAACAUCCACAACAAGAAAGAGGCCACAACACCCCCCUUAAUCAAAGAGCAUGACCCAGAUUACUGGGAUGCCAAAUAUGUUCCAGAACCAGACCUCAUCCCGAAAGUCAAGAAGCCCUCCACUAUAGAUGACCCGAGUAUAUACUUACCCAUCCCAGAGGAAACCUCCAUUACCCCUCGAACAGUUGCGCCCUGGUAUGAGGAAUAUGAUUAUUCUGAUUUGGCUGCAAAGAAGUUGGAGGAAGAGCUGGAAAAAGCAAGGAAGGCCAAAGAGGAGAAGGCGGAAAAACUGCGGAAGAUUUGGGAAGAGGAGGAAGAGGAGAGGAGAAAGCAAACAGCUCAUCGUGCUGAGCCAAAGAAGUGUCCUCCACUUGGCAUGGAGUCCCAUCGUAUAGAAGAUGAUCAGAUCUUGGCAUCUUCUAUGUCUCAUCACGGAUAUUCUGCUUUGAGAGGACGCCUGAACAUGCAGAGUUCAGAUGAUGAGGAGGAUGUUUAUGGUGGAGCGUGGUGUGCUGAUACAGAAGAGAAGGAGCACUGGUUUCAACUGGACGCACGUCGAGAGGUCGAGUUCACUGGGGUCAUCACACAGGGCAGGAAUUCCGAAACUAAUAAUGACUUCGUUUCGUCGUAUUUCAUGGCCUUCAGUAACGACAGCCGUGAUUGGAUGGUGCUGCAUGACGGUUACGCCGAGUGGCUCUUUUAUGGGAAUGUGGAUAAGGACACUCCAGUGAUGGCUGAAUUCUCAUAUCCUGUGGUGGCGCGUUACAUCCGUAUUCUCCCUCAGAGCUGGAACGGCAGUUUGUGCAUGAGACUGGAGGUGCUCGGCUGCCCGUUACCAACUAGUUAUCCAACAGAGAACGACGUUUCGCCUACUGAUGACCUCGAUUACAGACAUCACAACUACAAAGAUAUGCGUCAGAUGAUGAAGGUUAUAAAUGAAGAAUGUCCAAACAUCACCAGAAUAUAUAACGUCGGAAGAAGCUCUCAAGGGCUGAAGAUGUAUGCCAUGGAGAUCUCCGAUAACCCUGGAGAACACGAGACAGGUGAGCCAGAAUUCCGUUACACCGCCGGGCUUCAUGGGAAUGAGGUGUUAGGUCGGGAACUUUUGCUCCUGCUUAUGCAGUUCUUGUGUAAGGAGUACAACGACGACAAUCCUCGAGUGCGCCGUCUUGUUGAAGGAGUUCGUAUACAUCUAGUGCCGUCACUGAACCCUGAUGCCUACGAAUUGGCGUUUGAAAUGGGCUCUGAGAUGGGCAACUGGGCUUUAGGCCACUGGACAGAGGAGGGCUAUGACAUCUUCCAGAACUUCCCAGACCUGAACAGUGUUCUGUGGGGCGCGGAGGACAGGGGAUGGGUGCCACGGGUCGUUCCCAAUCACCACAUUCCCAUUCCUGAGAAUUUCCUCAAUGGUUCCGUCGCUGUUGAAACGAAAGCCAUCAUCACUUGGAUGGAAAGGACGCCGUUUGUCCUGGGUGCUAAUCUACAGGGUGGAGAGAAGAUUGUUGCGUACCCCUUCGACAUGCAGCGACCGCCCCGGGCGACAGGCAUGGAUAGCAGGGGAAGCCAGACCAUGCUGGAGUAUCACCAGAUGAAUGAGGAAACAUGGGCGAGGAUUCAACGACAGAAUGAGGGCGCUCUCCGCGAGACGGCAGACGAAAACUUGUUCCGCUGGCUGGCCAUGACGUACGCCCACAGUCACUUGACCCUGACGGAGACCCACCGCGGUUCCUGUCAUACCGAUGAUAUCACAGGCGGCCAGGGCAUCAUCAACCGUGCCAGCUGGAAGCCGGUUGUGGGCAGCAUGAACGACUUCAGCUACCUGCACACAAACUGCUUCGAGAUUUCUAUCUUUCUUGGGUGUGACAAGUUUCCUCACGAGAGCGAAUUGGCGACGGAGUGGGAAAACAAUCGAGAGGCUCUACUAGCUUUCAUUGAGCAGGUCCAUCGAGGUAUUAAAGGAGUUGUGAGAGACAUUGAUGGGAAUCUUCUAGCAAAUGCAACAGUUUCUGUGGAGGGCAUCAAACAUGACGUCAAAACAGCUGCCACCGGCGAUUACUGGCGUCUUCUGAACCCAGGCGAGUAUCGCGUGACGGCAAGAGCAGACGGGUAUUCAUCGCAGACACGACUUUGCAUUGUGGGCUAUGAUGCCAGCGCGACUCCCUGCAGCUUCACUCUAACUAAAUCUAACUGGGCUCGGAUCCGACAAAUCAUGGCACAGAGUGGGAAGAAGCCAAGAAUGCCUACUAUCACCACCGGAAGCACAAACAGCCGCGUAACCGUCGAGAGCACAGGGCCCGCCGCUGUCCCACAGAAUGAACGUCUGCGCCGCAUGCGACUGCUGCGUCUGCGCAAACUGCGAAUGGAGAAGAUGAAAGGCAGUACCACAAUGAAAACUACAACGACCACCACUGUGCCCCCCACCACAACAAUGGCAACAGAAACCACAACCUCAUGGUUUGACACAUGGUUUGAGGUGGACAGUACUACUACCAGUCAAGACUAUAACUUUGAGUACAAAAUAGAUGCUUACUGAGGUGUUGCUUUUAAAGAAAUUAAAUUGUGUGGAAUAUUGUCCUUAUCACAGGUUUUCUGGUAUUUUUAGUUGCCAUAGAGAUUAAAAUGUGUAGUUCAGAGUAUCAAAAUAGCCUACAACAUUCUCUUUGUGGAACAGAGUAUAGAGGCUAUUUAAUUCAAUAUAUCUUGUGUAAACAGUCACAAGAAUGAGGUAUUACUAUUAAAAUAUGGCAACAAACAAAAGCAAAAUUUGCCAUUUCUAAAACUACUUUCUGAGCUGCCCUCACAUUACAUGCUUGUGUACACUGAUAUUAUUAUGUGCUCAUAUUUUCAAAUAAAACUGUAUACAAUGUG